AUGCUCUACAAAGACCAGUACGCCUCCCUUUCCUCGGACAGUCCCGACUGCAUCAGCGACGGCGAGCCCGAACAGUACCCCCUGACACCGGGCGGCGUCCAACCUGCACCGCCCCCCCGCAAGUCCAGGAACCGAUACACGUACGCCGUGCUCGCAGUGCUCGCGCAGCUUGUGUACACGAUAGUAGUCCUCGUCGCAGCGCGGACGUUGUACUACAAGAGACAUGUGCUAGAGUAUAAAGAGGUUCCUGCCGACCACAAGGAGCCGGACGAGCACCACCCGUACCUGGGCACUCCGCGGCCGGAGCUGGAUCGGAAUUGGAAUACGCUUUUGUCGAGUAUUGCCCUCCCACCUGAAGCCUCAUUCCGCAACCGCGUUCCAGGCGCCGAGGUAAGCAGGCUGGGGAUCGAGGAGGGGUCCAUCUGGCUGGAUGACGAUGUCGGUCAAUAUUAUGGGAGCGUGUGGGUUGGACACAACCUGCACUGCGUUAAAUAUCUGUACAAUGGCCUGCAUCGGGACCAUUAUUACCACAACAUGACCGAGGCGGAAGAGAAAUCGCACAGCAGUCAUCUGCACCACUGCCUCCACCGCCUGAUGGACGCGCUUAAAUGCCACCCAGACAUGUCCCCGCUGUCUUUGCACUGGGUGGUCAACGAGGUCGCGCCCGUUGUCAAUUGGGACGGGGCGCGGCACACGUGCGCCAACUGGGACCGCGUUAUGGACUGGGCCAGGAGCAACCAGAUUGUUCCCGCUGGGAAGGCUAGUCUCGGGCAGGUCGCGCCGCACCCUCUUUACGCGACGUUGCUGGAUGAGAACGGCCACGCCGACUUUUUGAACCAGGACGCCAUCGUCGAGUGGGAAAAGUUGUUUGCCAGGCCGGAUUGGCAGGCGUGGGCUAAGGAGCACGGGGUUCCGGAGGGCACUAUUCCCGACAAGGAGAUGCUGAGGAACCAUCAUGUCGGGUAG